UCAAGUCUUCCCUAUCUCCUCUCUCUCUACACUCGGACAAAAUUCAUUAAUUAGCAUAUAAUCUUGUGUUCUUCUUAAACUUUCAAGCAUCUUAUUAAACAUUAAUCACAUUAAUCUUCUAUUUGUUUGAAAAUUAAUAAUGGGGUGCAAGGUUGCAACAGAGAAGCCGAAGCCAAAGCCGAAGCACAAGAAGGGAUUAUGGUCCCCUGAUGAAGAUGAUAGGCUCAAAAAUUACAUCACCAAACAUGGUCAUGGCUGUUGGAGCUCUGUUCCCAUUAAUGCUGGCUUGCAAAGAAAUGGAAAGAGUUGUAGAUUGAGGUGGAUUAAUUAUUUAAGGCCUGGCUUAAAGAGAGGGGCAUUUAGCUUAGAAGAGGAAGACACAAUCUUGACCCUUCAUGCCAUGUUUGGUAACAAGUGGUCUCAGAUUGCACAACACUUGCCAGGAAGGACUGAUAACGAGAUAAAGAACCAUUGGCAUUCUUAUUUAAAGAAGAGAGUGUCCAAAAUGGCAGAAAAUGAAGGCCACACUAAAUCUGUUAACACAGAAUCUUCACCUUCUUUAAGGAAAUUGACUCCCCUGAAUUCUAGUUUGGAUUCAUUUGAACAUAUAGAAGGAUCAUUAGCAGAUUCAGAUCAAUCUGGUUAUCCAAGAGAGCCUCAAAAAAGUAAUUUACCCAAAGUAUUAUUCGCAGAAUGGCUUUCGUUGGAUCAAUUUAAUGGACAAGAUUUCCAAAACUCAGGGAAUUUUGAACCUUCCAAGAAUAACUUUGGGUAUAAUAAUUCAGAGUUACAUGACAUAUUCAUGCACAGUUUACCGAUAAACAACGAUGGUAAUAGCUAUGGGAAUGGCGUAAAUCAAGAAAUUAACAAUGGGACAGUAAUAGAUGAUAUUUUUCCACCCCAACUCAAGUUUGAGGAUCCCAUGUCUGGUAACGGAUUUGAGGAAUUUAUGUCAGGGGAAUUCAACAUUAACGACGAUGUGAUGUACAUAUGAGUUCUUUUUUUAGAAUCUUAUACAAGAUAGUGGUGUACUUAUUUUGAAGGUAAUAAAGCAGGGAACCAUACUGUUUGGUUUCCUAUUUCUUCAUUAAUCAAGAAGGUCUAGUUAACGCGCAUUUUUACUGUAGUUGCCUUCUACUUUCUUGUAUUCCAUGGUGUACAAAGUCUAAUUCAUUCUAUCUGUAAUAAAACUGAGAGUUACAAUGCAAACUUGAUGGUCUUUCCAUGUUGAGCACUUAACAUAAU